UUAGGGUUCGAACAUUGAUUCUCACAUGUAUGACAACAGUUGCAGAUUCUUCAUCAGGAGCUGAACAAUCUAGUAUGGAUUAUGAUGCUGAUGAUCAAGCAGAGGUCGAAGAAGAAGAAGAAAGCGAAGUAUGGAAGACGAUUAGUAAGAGUUUUCAACAAGUACAAGCAAUUUUAGAUCAAAAUCGGAUACUAAUCCAACAAGUUAAUGAGAAUCAUCAAUCAAAAAUUCCUCAAAAUCUUGCUAAGAAUGUUGCCCUAAUACGAGAUAUCAAUAUUAAUAUCUCUAAAGUGGCAUCUAUUUACACUGAGCUUUCUACAAAUUUCUCUGGUUUCUUUCAUCAAAGUCGUGGGGAGAUGAAGAAUCAAGUGGAAUAUGCGGCUGAUGCUACAACUACAGAUGGUUGCGGGAUACACAUCUUCAUGUUCUACCCUCAGAUGUGAUAAGGUACUUAUCGUUUAUGUAUUAAUAUCUUUGUUGUGAUAAUUCAGAGUGAGAUUGAACGAGUUGAAGCAAAAGAAUUAUAGGAAUUGAUAGGUUAAUCUUACUUGUAGUUUAUUAUGCGCUGAUAAAAUGUUCUUGGGAAAAGGUUCGGACUGGGAAUCAAGUUUGAACGAGAUUAUUUGUAGCACUAAACUUAUCUUGAUGAAAAAAAAGACAAGUAUGCUUUAGAUACAUGGUACUCGAGCUUAGCUUUGUCCUUUUAAGGUUGGUUUAGGUGUUGGGUUGGUUCAUACUAUGGACCAGAGGGAAUAUGAGGGUGAAGGUCAGUAGGUUGCUCUGAUUGCUCAAAACUCAGGUGGUGGCGUAUUCUUAAAGAAACAUUCACUCUCUAAUAGUUAGUGUGUUUAAUCUUUGCUAUUUACUUCUUCACGGAAUAACUAGCCCUACUAGGGCAUUAAGCCUGUCACAGCGAUCUGACUCCCAAGUCAUUGGAGGUUAUGAUAUUGAUUGUAUGGCCAUUCAAAACGGAUGCUCUUGGAGUCACAGUGAGGCAUGAAUUGCUAGGAGGGAUCAUCAUAGGCUGCCAGGUAAGUAGUUUUCAGUGCGAGUACAAGCAACCUUUCAGGUGUUAGUUACUAUCACGACAAUGGAAAUCUUCAAGUUUUGAGUAAGUUGGAUUAUAGUUUCUGAAACUAUUUAAUUGAAGUUGGACUAUAUUUGUGAGGAAGUUCGACUACGGGGUGACAGAUUAUGGCGUUCAAUGUGACCAUGGGUAUUGUCUUGAACAAAGAGUUGUUAUGUUUUCUUUCAUUCUGCUUUGUUUUUAUCUGAAAGAUUAGUCUGUGAACGAGUCUUUCGCAACAAUAAAUGUAUUCGCAUUUGGAGUAAUUCUAUUUAAGAGCAACUGCAAUGGUGGGAGUAUAACCAAAGACCAAAGAGGAAAAAAAAACCAAAGUUUGGAUUUAGUCCGUGUUGUGACACUCCGGUACAAGACUAAAUUUGAUGGAGCGUAGAUAUAAUGUUCGUUUGAUGAGAGGCGGUGGUAUACUGCACGCCUGGAUGGAGCGGAGGUAUUAUGCACGCCCGACAACGGGCGGAGACUUUACAUGGGCCGGUUUUGGGGCGAACGUAUAACAUACACCCCAUAACGAGACGGAGAUAUAGUGUUCACCUUGUGGGGUAGUAGAAGUAGUCAAACUUCUAGAAAUCGAUAUCUUUAUGCAACCAAUCAGGCUGACCUUGUUUACCUGUAGUGUUGUGAAUGAUGGAUAAUAUACAUGCACGCAAUUUAGUUACUUGACAAUGAAACAUCUUUUUUAU